UUCCUCUAAUGCUCCAAACACCGAUGACUUUUCUUCAGAGCUUGGCUACUUCACUGUCCUGGGCUGAUCUUGGUGUUUCUAAAGUCUCCUGUAUGGAUGCACAAACCUUUCAGGGCUCCCUGUGUUCUGAAAUAAAAUUUUCUCUAGAUUUCUGUAACCAAAAUGAGGAAUCGAGAUGUAACGGCGCUCGACAGCACAACUUUGAGGCAGAAUGCAGUGGGGCUGUAGAGCAGAUUCUUACUUUAUUCAUUUUCAUUCAAUACACUGAUCCUUUCCACUCCCAACUCUCAGACUUCAUAAGCAGUGAGGAGGCUUUAGAGAGACAUUUGGAUUCAGUGCUUUGGCACAAUGGGGAUCAGGUGAGGGCAGCUCUACAGUCUACCUUAAAAAACACACUGAAAGGUUUCCAGAAAAGACAAAACGACAGGCAGAAGUUGCAGUCCGCCCUAUCCACUGUCUUGAACUCAGUCAACAGUAUAAUUGCCAGUAGCAGCAGUGCACAGUUUCGAAAAACCUGCUAUGAUGGGAUGAGGGUUGAGAACACCUGUGAGUUUCGUGUGUCUGUACAACGAUCUCUUCAAAGUGUCAUGGAUGGUCGUUUUGCUCCCAGGCACAUGUGUAAUAAUGAAAAGCUGGCUGAAGCAGGUAGCUCUGGACAGAGUAACACUCGAGGUUGGGAGGAAGCUUUUGAAAAUCCACCAGACGUUUCUCCUAAGAGGAUUCACAAUGGCAUUGAAUCUUCAUGCUUAAUCCCAAAGAAAAGACAGUGUUCACAGUUCUCUGAGAAUUCAAAUUCCUUCAGGAACUUAAUUAAUUCAGACGUCUUUGAGGCAUCAGACAUUCAGAGAAGUCCCCUGUCCCCAAUACAGCUUCCUCAGAGUCAGCAGGACAAAAGGACCCAAGGAGUUUCUUCAGUCCGCUCCCUGAAAUUGACUAAUCUGAAAAAUGAACAGGUAGAGAAGGAGUGGCUUCAAGAGCUUGAAAACUUUUCUGAAUGGGACUAAGAAAAACACAGUUUUCUCAGAUUUUAUAUGGCUCUCUUUUGAUGCGUUUUAUAUCCUCAUGAAAAUUUGUUGAAAAAAAGUCAAAAUAAUAUUUUUCUUUUUUAUAUAUAAA